AGUUGGUUCAUUCGACAGAGGAAAACGGUAGACGAGGAAGUGAGAAGCUUUUAUUCAGCCGUGCAAGAGGUAGCAGUCUCAGAUUGGAGUUUCAGAUGCUUUCUUCUUUUCUCUGAGCUGAAGCUGAUCAUGGAUCUGCUCUGGAUCAUCCUCCUCGGGUUUCUGGUCUAUGAUGGGGCUGAGAGUAAAGCUGUGGUAAAGGUGAAGGCAGAGCUGGGUCAGAGCGUCAUUUUGAACUGCUCUUUGACAGAAGAUGACUUUUACUGGUACAUGGAUAUCCACAGCGGCUUAAGAAGCUGUAUCGUCCGCACUCUUAGUAAGGAUGUCACUCAGCCACAGUACUUUGUGGAUACUCUGAGUAAAUACAGAGCCAUGAAGGGACAGAAGCUGAAUAUAACAAACAUCACGACUUAUGACUUCAGAAAUUAUUACUGUGCCAAGAAGCAAAGCGACAACAUUUUAUUUGAGGACACUAUCCUGCUCUAUUCAGGUAAGAACUUAAGACUAAUAAUAAAAUUUUACUGUAAAAACUUUUAAUGCUGGAAACCACGAGAACCACGGUAACCAAAAUAUCUUUUUAUUAAUAUAGAUUUUUAUGAAUCCAGAGAGAGAAUAUGGUACAAAAAUAUGAUUUUGAUUUAAGAAUUAAACAUAAAGUCAGGGGUGAUGAAAAGAACCAAGGUUAAAUUCAAGUUUUUAAUAAACCCAUAACAAAUUUGUUUAACAUGAUGGAGUAACAGGUUAUCAUGAAGAUAAAAGAUAAACAUACAAGAAUAAAGUAAAACUGUAACAGAAAGAAAUUAAAGAUUAAAGUCUUUAUGUUACAAGAUUAAAGUCUUUAUGUUACAGGAUUAAAGUCUUUAUGUUACAAGAUUAAAGUCUUUAUGUUACAUGAUUAAAGUUAGUUUGUUACAAGAUUAAAGUUAGUUUCUUACAAGAUCAAAGUCUUUACGUUACAAGAUUAAAGUCUUUAUGUUACAGGAUUAAAGUUAGUUUGUUACAAGAUUAUAUUCAUUAUAUUUAAAGAUCAAAGUGGUAAUGUUGCAAGAUUUAAAUCAUUAUUUCACUUUGCUGUUUUGUUAUUAUAGUAAAAUUGUAACAAAAAGAGAAUCAGUUCAAGAGAAUUUAUUCACCGUGUUUCAAAGAUUCAGACAUGAUGUAAAAACAGUUUCACUUCUCUUUUAUUCUGUUACAGCCCAACUGUGUUGCUUCAUUUUGGUUUUAAGAUGGCUAGCUGUUAACGUCACAUUAGAUGAGUUAUCCUGAGUCCUGUAUCUGCAAAGUAAGAGUCUCAUUUUGAAGACAGAAACCCGUUCAGAAAGCACUUUGUCCUCUCUUUGUCCCCCGGACAUAAAUGGAAAGCUUUGUGAAAAAAAACUGGACCUGAAAUGAACAGACGCCGAACUGUAACACAGAAUGCUCAAACAGGACACCAUAUGACAUUUUUAGGUUCUCUGUAGUCAUGUUAACAGCGGUUUCAACCCCAUUUCUUUGAAUUUGACAGAAGAUGUCCCCCAAACCGUCAGUACAUCAGCUCCAUCCACGAACACCACCACAACUCAGCCACACACCCACAGAAUGAGUCAGAAGGAGCUGGUGGUUUACAGCUCCUUCACCCUGAACAUCAUCCUCUCAGCGGCAACAGGUGAGAGAUGAUUCUGAACUCUGCCGGAUGGUUUUUAAGGUUAUUAUAUAUGUGAGGGUCUUUUAUUUUGAAGGUCACUCACCUGUGUUUGUUUACAGUCAUACUUAUUGCACUUCUGUGUAUGGAGAGGAAGACCUGUUGCAGACAGGUGGAUAACCCCUCGCCUUUGACCCCUGAGAACCCCGAGAAUGUGGAGACAGUUCAGGUACCCAGGAUAAUCUGUCUAUGUGACACUUGUUUGUGUUCUUGUUCGGUUGUGUGCGCUGUAGUGAACUAAUUAUCUCUGUAGUUUUAUCAUGUUCAAUCAAUUUUUAUUCAUAUAGCAACAAAUCACAACAAUCAUUAUCUCAAGAGGCUUUCCAGAAGAGCAGGUCCAGACCGAACUCUUUGUUUAUGCAUUAAAAAGACAAAACCUUGUGAUGGGAGAAAUAAGACGCACUCUUAACCCACCUUGAACCAUGUUCUCUGUAGUUUAUUAAAGGGAUAUUCUGACAUAAAAUUAACUUAGGGUCAAACACACCAUAACACCGAGUUAGACCCCCCCUCCAGAGAUGAAUGUUGUCGACCGCUUGCUUCUCUAGUUAUACCAACUUUAGUAAUGACCGCAGGAUAGCAAUACAGAGAGCCACCCCCUCAACCAAAACGCCACUCUAUAGCCACAAAUAAUGCUCAGAACAGCACCUAACUUCAUCAACAGGACAUAUAGGGUCACAGACAUAGUACUAGACACCAAACAUCGUCUUCUAGCAGCCGCUUGUUUGUUGCGAGUCCAUUACAGACUCCAGCGGAGUUUCGCAGCUCAAGGAAGAACAUUUAUGAUCAUUUCUUUAUUAAUUCCUUGAAGUAAUAAUCAUCAUAUUAAUCAUUUUUCUCUGCAGACGCAGUAGUUCUUCUGCCUUAGCAUCUCGGUCUGAUUGUAUUUCCAUAAAGAAAUGAUUAUAUAUGUUCUUCCUUGAGCUGCGAAACUCCGCUGUACGGUGUGUUAGACCCCAAAGUAAUUUUGCGUCAGAAUAUCCCUUUAAUGUUGCCUGUAGUUUAUUUUUUUUUAAAUACCUGGUAGUCCAACUAUGUGCUCUGUCGUUUCCUCAUGGUCUGUCUUGGUAACUCAUAUGCUCUUUAGUUUAAGUAUGUUUUUCUGUCGUUCACUCUUGGCCUCCAUAGCGUACUAAUUUGCUCUGUAAGUGACUCAUUUUUUUCACCCUUUUUCUGAUGUACUAAGUAGUUUACAUAGAUUCUGUAGUUUGUUUUUGUAGUUUUCUGAAGUUUAUUGUCUUUUGUAGUUGACUGUGUCUUUGUGUUUUUCAGUAUGAGGAGAUCCAGCUCUCCCCCUCCAGACUGCCGCCUGCUGCUCUUCUUUAUGACGGCAUUUAUUCCAAAGCUCAGCUCCCUCAGUCCGUGCAGCCUCCACAGGGACACCUGGACAAUCGCUGAACACCUGGACGACACUUAGGUAAUACCUGGGUGACACCUGCACUCCUGGAUGACAGCUUGAUGAUACCUGGGUGACACCUGCACACCUGUAUUCUUUCUGCUCAAACACUGUCUGUUCUAGGAGUCAGGGACGUUCGCUGCACUACCUCAGAGACACAGAUUCAUGGUGCGUUGGGUUUCUUCCUGACUGUUCAAAAGCAGCUUUUUAUGUUUUGACACAGUGAGCUUUGAUAGACCAAUCCCAGUCCUGAAACAAGCUUAAAGGGAUAUUCCAGCGCAAAAUGAAGUUCGGGUCAAACACACAGUUACACCGAGUUAGACACCCCCGUUGAAAGAUGAAUGUUGCAGACGGCUUGCUUCACUAGUUAAACCAACUUUAGUAACGACCGUAACUCAGUGUUACGGUGUGUUUGACCUUAACUUAAUUUUACGCCGGAAUAUCCCUUUAAGGUGGUCUGAGAUUUAAGGAGGCGGAGCUAGAGGUCACAGUACUGAAAGGUUUUAAAGUUGUAUGUCGUUGUAGUUUAUUCAAAGUUGAUUUUUGUGUAUUUGUGUUUGCUUUUAUCUGUGAAGAUUUGGCACUUUAUGAACUCUUGAGUUCAGAACCACCAGCUAGAUUGCACCUUUUAAAAUCUUGAAGGAAAUCAUUCAAACUUGCAAAUUUGAUCUUUGAGCUGAGAAUAUUUUUCAUGCACUGCAGUUUUCUUUUCUCCUGGUUUAGCAGUUACAUCUCAUAGACCCUACAGCCACUGAAUGUUCGAAGUUUCUCUAACAGUAGUGUUUUUCAGCCACUUUAUUCGUCACUGAGCUGCUACACCGUUAGGAAACAUAAAGCUUAUUGUCUGCUGCUAAUUAUUGUGGACUCAAAAACUGAAACAAUAAAGAACGCACAAAUGUUCAUCCUUU